CGUUUUCUUUUUUUCUUUCCAGGUAAUUCGAACAAAAUGACGCGACGGAAAAGUGUGUAUUCAAAGUGGACUUUAGUUUUAUUAGUAGUUAUUUUAUGUCAGUUUGUUGAUUCAAGACCACAGGAGCUGACUCCGCCGUCACCGGCUACCGAUGCACCAACAAACAAUGUACAAACCACAGAAUCCACAAGGAGUUCCAGUGAAAAGACUCCAGUAAACGUGACUAAAGAAGAAGUGACCACCAGCAGCGCUUCCAGGAAUGUCAAGACUAAAGGCCCUGGUAUUGGCGACUCCAUCAAAAUGGUUGCUAGCCAGUUGCUUGAAACUCCUUCUAAUUCUUCAGGACCAGCAGCCAUAGUAGCUGACACCAGAAUACCCCCGAAACUUAAAAAUCAACUUGCACAAAAACAUAAAAUUAAAACAAGACAUGAAAAUGGAGAAGAACCUGUGGAGAACGCUCAUGUAGGUGUCGCUGUACCUGUCACAAUGGAGGAGUUGGAAUCUGAAAAUAAAGUGAAUGAAGCAUCAAAUGAAUCAUCAACAUCUAAUGAAGGAAUUUCUACCUGGAUUCUAUUAAGUAACCCUACGAAUAAAGAAAAUAUUACAUCUACUACUGAGCCCACAAAAGCAGAUGACAGUAUAAAGAAACAGAAACCGCUGCCUUCUAAAACUAAAACGAAACGUCCUCAGGUUAACAAAGUGCCAGUAGUUAAACGUCCGAUUAUUGGCAGUACGAAUAAAUCUGAUUUAGUUGCUGGAGGAUCAGCUAUAAACGAAAAUGUGUACAAUAAAAUUAAGGAUACUGUUUUAUCCAAUGUUCAGAAAAACAAAAGUACAACAACCCAACGCACCACAACACCCUCAACCACCACUGUUUCUACAACCACAGAACCGCCUACUACGAAAAAAGAAGUUAUUACAAAGCCAACAGUGACUCUCCCUGUAUUGAAGGUUACCUCGAAACCAACAAAAAAGAAGAACAAAAAUAAGCACAAACUCACUACAACAGAAGCACCAGUUGCAAAUGAAUCUGCUUUAUUACCAAUGGAGCCAAAAGAACAAGAAAUUGAACUUGAAAUCAGCACCCCAGCAGCCACCACAAAGAAACCAAAACGCACUACUUCCACCAAGAAAAAGAAGACAAAGAAACGUAAGACCACCAAACCUAAACCCGAAACUGGCACUGCAGUUAGUGAAGUUAAAACGAGCAAUAAAACAAAAUCUAGUAAGCCUUCAAAGAAACCAACAAUAACAGAUGUCACUGGCCCAAUUACCUCCCAAAUCUACAAUUACUUUUCAAGAGAAGUGAUGCCUUCUGUAGGAGUUGGAGUUAUUGGUUUAGCAAGUCUGGUUGGUAUAGCCAGCUACUUCCUGUAUCCGUUCGCAACGCCGGUUAGAAGGACCUUUGAAGUAGAUAAGAAAGAUGAUAUAUAUAAACACAAUGCUGAAGAAUACGCCAAUGAUGGCAACGGACAAGCUGAAGAAGAAAUGCUUGGGACAGUAUUAGCUGGAAUGCCGGCACAUUCAAAACAUAAGCUUAACCCCUAUGCUGGCCAAACUACUCAUAUAAAUAGAAACCCAUAUCCGGCAAAGAAAGACCAAGACCUUAGAUACCGCCACGUAUCAACGAGCAAUUACGAGCCUAAUUACAAUGUGCGUUAUCCGCAACAAAAAACUGGAAUCGCACAUGGUGCUGUAUACUCUGAGCCAGUUAAUUAUAGCCCGCAACAGCCACAAUAUGAGACACGACAUGUGUAUACCACAGAAAGUAAAUACACAUACGAUAAAGGACCAACUGCUUAUACUCCGUCUUACCCAGCAGUAGAGCCCAUCUACGCAGCACCUCAAACAGGACCUUCUGAAAUAUCAUCGUACGGAAGUGAUUCAUCUAACGCUGUUGUCUACGGGGUGAAACCGUCAUCGGAAUCUGAUUUCAAACCAGUGUAUCCCUUCGAAGGCCAAUAUUAUGGUGAACAUCAAACUACUAGCACUCCAAUGGUAUACGCACCAACAUCAAUGUAUCUAGGCUCAAAUAAUGAGGAACAACCUGAAGACACUAAAUAUGAUGAAAAUACAAGCGAAGAUGAAGAUAGCGUAGACAAUAAGUUUGUGGUCGGUAAUGUUCCUAAAGAGCUGUCAGACUCAGUUACGCCUGCCGUCGUACCAGAACAUGGACCAAGAAAUUUAAAUAGAAAAAAGAGGAGUCCGGUUUACCAAAAGCGUAGCAUCACUGGCUCCAUUGAGGAAAUUCUUAAAGCAGCUAAGGAACAAAACAAGGAUGUGUUUCUUAGCAACGAAAUAGACGAAGCUCUGGGAUUAACAGUUAAAAACGUACCAGUUCCAACCGAACCAAUCAAAGUGGAAACUGAGAACAAAACAGCUGAAAUUAAAGAAGAAAUUGUUCCCGUGUACGCAGUAUCUGUGGAUCCUACAGAAGAAACAAAAACUACAACCAAUGUACCCGUUACACCUGAAAAGAGCGAUUUUGUAGUUGAAAGUGUAUCGACUCUUCCAAUCAACGGUAACAAACAAGAACCAACUACCGACACUGUUAUGUCAAAUGAACUAGACGUCACGACUAAAGCUUUUAAAGUAUACGAGGUGUUUUCGUCUAACAGUCCGGCGGAUACAACUGAGUCAACUAAUACAAACGAAGCAAAAAUGGAGACAACAACAGCUAAGAGUUCAAUGACUGAAACAACGACUGAAUUUAAGUCAGAAACGACUUCAACCAUGCCAUCUACUUCACCUGUUUCAGAAACAAAAGCACCAGCACCAGUUCCCAGUACUUCACGACCAAGGCCAACAAUGUAUCCAGAAGUUAUAACGUACCCUCCUUUAAACCAGGAAGGGGGUAUUUUCACAUUUCUUAAACGACUAAUAGAAUUCAAAUACAGACUGGGACUGAGUAUUAUACAGAAUACGUCAGAAUCUCUAAAUAGGUAUUUAAGAAGUAUGGAAAAUGCGGCGCAGAGCGUAGCAAAUGCUUCUAAGACUUAAGUUUUUAAGUAAGCAUUUAUAUUUAUAAUACGCACAACCGUAAGU